UUUCCACUUCUUUUUUCUUCCUAUUAUUAUCGUCUACGGUUCAAGAUACUGAGGAGCCCAAUUUGUAUUUAUCAGAAUGCCUCCCUCUUCCGAUCAUCGUCCUCUAGAUGAUGUCGCCGAUUCGCACUCAACGGCAUCUUCAGAAGACUCGCAGGUCAGCAGCGAAGAAGGAUGGGAAGAUGUGGAGCCAGAAGACGACUCACAGCCUGUCGUGGGCUUGUUUACGGACAAGGUUUACCCUGACGUGCGCUCAAUGUUGAGGGAGACUCUUGACAAAUUCAGCUUUGAUCUUCGCGGGAUUCGAAAGGAGCUCGACUUAGAUUUCAUGGGAACCGUCAAGCUGGUCAACUACAUUCGAUCUCAGGUCAAGGCUGGAAACAUGUCCCCCGAUGUAUCGUCCAAGGAGGUUUUUGAAGAUGAUGUCUACCUGAAGCCUGUGCUUGAAGAUGACGCUCUUCUAUAUAGCCUGGAUGAUGUUGACAGUGAGGGCGAUGCGGAAGCAAAGCCAUCGGAAACGUCUGGCGCUGCAGGUGCAGAACAUCGCAUACUGGAACUGCAGGAGGAGCUGGAGCGCCUGCAGGAUCAAUUCUCCCAGUACAAGAUUGCUGUGCAGAGGUCCAUGGAGGAGCAAUUGUCUAAGGAAGAUGAGAAACUGGCAUCAGCAGGUCCAUCGGCUAAAACUCUAAAGAAGAUCGAGGACGCAGACUCCGAUUAUUUCUCAUCUUAUUCUUUCAAUGCUAUUCAUGAGACCAUGCUUAAGGACACCGUCCGCACUGAUGCCUACCGAGACUUCAUCUACGACAACAAGCAUCUUUUCAAGGACAAAGUUGUCCUAGAUGUAGGAUGUGGUACCGGUAUCCUUUCGAUGUUUUGCGCAAAGGCGGGCGCGAAAAUGGUUAUCUCUGUCGACAAUUCGAAUAUUAUCGAUAGGGCUCGGGAGAAUGUUUAUGAAAAUGGCCUUGGCGACGUGAUAACGUGUAUUCGCGGGAAGAUAGAGGAGGUCUCUCUUCCCGUGUCGCAAGUCGAUAUCAUCGUCUCCGAGUGGAUGGGCUAUUGCCUACUCUUCGAGGCAAUGUUUGAUUCUGUCAUUUACGCCAGAGAUCGCUACCUAGCUCCUGGUGGCCUGAUGGUACCUUCGCAUGCUACCCUUCGUAUUGCUCCUUUCGCCGACCCCGACUUCAUCGCCUCCCACAUUUCAUUCUGGAACAGUGUCUACGGCUUUAACAUGUCGAGCAUGCUCACGAAUAUCUAUGAUGAGGCGCUCGUCCGUGAUAUUCCGGCCUCGUCAAUUGCUGCUGACUCUGCCGUCUUUGUGCAACUACCAUUGCAUACCGUCACGGUUGAUCAACUAUCCUUUUUGACAGACUUCAAAGUUACUCUUAGGCAGGAUAUUGACUCCCUUGACGGCUGGGCUAUCUGGUUUGAUAUAUUCUUCAUGCCGUCAUGUGAGUCCACAAUUCCCGACGAUGCUGUUCCCUCUCAAAUGAAAAACAAAGGCUUUGUUGCCUUCACCACAGGACCGGAUGGUCCCGAGACGCAUUGGCAGCAAGGCCUUUUCCUCAUUGACCAUGGGAAGAACAAGGCUAGUCAAUUGAAGAAUGGACAAGUGAUAACUGGGAGGGUUGGGUACCAGAAGAAGGGAGAGAAAUCCCGAUCAUUGGAUAUCACAAUACAGUGGGAUGCACAAACGCGCGAGAAAGGGUCCCAGCAUUGGUAUCUCCAGUAAGAGGCUCAUCAGGAAUCUUCUCAAAAGUUCUUCGUUUCUGUUUUUCUUCGUUAAAGCUUUUGGACCACCUCCAAAGUGUUGGGGUUCUGUUUUGCGCGGUAGAUAGUUCAUAGAGAUAGAACUUAGAUCGUUGAGCUCAGAAUAGGCAAUUCGGGUCUCAGACAAUAAGAAAGAAGUUUCAGUGUACAGGUCACUUAUCAGACUUUUGC